UCGCUCAUCUUCUUUAUCUUCCUCUUCACUGAUUUCACACUCAAUCAUGGACGAUCGAACCCUAGAAAAGCUAUGUGAUAAUUUUGAUCAAGCAGUUACCAUCUCUGGGGAUAAUUUGAUCAAGGCUGAACCCAUUCUUAAUGGGGAUGAAACCCCGGAAACUUCUCCUACUGUUGAUGGAGUGAAAGUUGACAGAACUUCUGGUUCAGUGGAUGAGAGUAAUGCUUCACAUUGUACCGCAGAAGUAUGUUCAUCAUAUCAAGAGCAGACUCUUCCAAUUCUGGAGAAGAUCGAAGAUAGCAACGAAGUGCUCGAAUUGACGAAAGAACAGGCAGCAUUAUGUAAUGAAGUCAAGGAGAGCACAAGUGUGGACUCUUUUUCUGGUUCUGAAGCUUUUAGUGCUCUUCAGCAUAUGAGUGUUCAACAUGAACUUCUAAAAAAGAAGUAUGAUGAAGAGUGCGAACUACUGAAGCAGAAGUAUACGGAGGAGUGUGUUCAACAUGAAGUUCUUAAAAAAAAGUUCGAUGAAGAGUGUCAACUACUGAAGAAGAAAUAUUUGGAGGAAUGUACUGAAAGAAAGCGUCUAUACAAUGAAGUGAUCGAACUCAAAGGAAAUAUCAGGGUCUUCUGUAGAUGUAGACCUCUAAAUGCAGGUGAAAUUGUAGAUGGAUCAACAUCGGUGGUCGAAUUUGAUCUAUCUCAUGAAAAUGAACUGCAGAUCAGUUGUGCAGGUUCCUCUAAAAAGCAGUUUAAGUUUGAUUACGUGUUUAAACCCGAGGACAGCCAAGAUGCCGUUUUUUCUCAAACAAUGCCCAUUGUGACCUCUGUUUUGGAUGGGUAUAAUGUCUGCAUAUUUGCCUAUGGACAAACUGGAACAGGGAAGACGUUUACCAUGGAAGGGACACCAGAAAAUAGGGGAGUCAACUACAGAACUUUAGAGAAGCUAUUUAGCUUAUCUAGUGAGAGAAGCAGUAUCAUGAAAUAUGAGUUGUUUGUCAGCAUGUUAGAGGUUUAUAAUGAGAAAAUAAAAGAUCUCCUGGUAGAGAACUCAAAUCAACCGGUUAAGAAGUUGGAGAUAAAACAAUCUGCAGAAGGAACUCAGGAAGUUCCAGGACUUGUUGAGGCUCGUGUAUAUGGUACAGAUGAAGUAUGGGAACUGCUCAAGUCCGGAAGUCGGGCAAGAUCUGUUGGAUCAACUAGUGCUAACGAACUUAGCAGCCGCUCUCACUGCUUACUGCGGGUGACUGUUGUGGGAGACAACUUGAUUAAUGACCAGAGGACUAGGAGCCACCUUUGGCUUGUUGACCUUGCUGGCAGUGAGCGUGUGGGGCGGAUAGCCGUUGAAGGCGAGAGGUUGAAAGAGUCACAAUUCAUAAACAAGUCAUUAUCUGCACUUGGGGAUGUCAUUUCUGCACUAGCCUCUAAGACAUCUCAUAUUCCAUACAGGAAUUCAAAGCUCACACAUAUGCUGCAGAGCUCUCUGGGGGGAGAUUGCAAAGCAGUCAUGUUUGUCCAAAUCAGCCCUAAUAACACAGAUUUGGGAGAAACUCUAUGCUCGCUGAAUUUUGCUAGUCGAGUUCGAGGAGUUGAGCACGGCCCUGCUCGCAAACAGACAGACCUUGCAGAGCUCAUGAAGCAUAAACUACUGGCAGAAAAAGUGAAGCAUGAUGAGAAGGAAACCAAAAAAUUGCAGGACAAUUUGCAGUCUCUGCAGCUGAGACUUGCUACCAGAGAACAGACGUGCCGAAGUCUUCAGGAUAAGGUUCGUGAUCUGGAAAACCAAUUGGCAGAGGAGAGGAAAAUACGUCUAAAGCAGGAAAGCAAGGCUUUAGCUGGAGCUUCUCGUGAGUUCACAACCUCGUCAUAUUUAAGCCAACCACAGAAGAUAACAACAGAGAAGAAACCACCACUGGCUCCUUCAAAAGCACUGAGACUGCCUUUGAGAAAAAUCAGCAAUUUUGUGCCCCCUCCAUCCCCUCUUGCUCGUCCUCCUGCAAAAACUAGGAAGUCCUUUGUGCCAUCGGCAUCACAUGACAAGGAAAAUAUAGAAAGAACAUCAAUGACAAAGGCAGUUUUGAAACCAAGGCGAGGAUCUAUUAUUGCAGUUAGACCACCACCUCAAGGAACAAACCAGGUUUUCCAGCCCAAAAGACGGGCUUCUAUUGCAACCCUUCGCCCUGAGUCUAGCAUUUCAACUUUCAAUAACUCUGCUGCUCGACCAAGGAAUGACCGGUUCAUUGGUCGGCAAUCAUUUGUCUGGGAUCCACAAAGAAUGUGGCGUACAUCUAGAAUGCUUUCUCCAAUAGCACAGGCAAAGGAAACAUCUAUUGCAACACCAGUAGGGGCAACCCCAAUUGGUUCACGAAGCAGUAAAUUCAUGGGAAGUCCUCCUUCACAAGCACCAGGUUCAUGGAGGCCCAAGCAUCCAACAGUUGUUGCAUUAAAGAAGCAAUUGGUGUGGAGUCCUCUGAAGAAGGUCGCGAGAAGUAGCAAUAGGAAGUCCUUGUAUUCUUCUUAAUGAUGUUAGAGAGCUCAGAAAUUUCCAUGAGUAUAUGCCCCUUGGUAUAGAUUUCUUCUGUUCUUUCCCCUCGAUUAUACACAGUGUAUGCAUCUUGCCUACUGUUAUGAGCUAUAUUCAUUGCUUAUCAAUCCCCACCCCUUAAGGGUACAGCUUAGCCUCAAGAUUUGCUGAUUGAUCAUUGUGUUAAUUGAUCUGUGCAUUUAUAA